AAUGUGGUGGUUUAAUAUGACACAAAGAAAUGCAAGUCACAAUAUAGUUAGUAAUCAGUUGUUUGUCGUUCAUUUCAAGUGUGAGUUAGAAUAUUAUUGGAUUGAUAAUAAUCAACAAGUGCAAAGUAAUUCAGAAUUUUUCACAAACAUCCUAUAAAAGAGGAUUUCUGAUCCAAUCAUGAAAUCACUAUCUGUAUAUGUGGUCUUUGCUUUAGCAGCAGCUAGUUUAGUUUUGGCUGAAGACAAUGAUAAUCCUCUUUCCGAUGAAUUUAUUAAAAAAAUCAACGAAAAAGCUACCACAUGGAAGGCUGGACGAAAUUUUGAAAACCUUGAUCCUUCCGUGUCGAAAAAGUAUAUUCGUAGUUUAAUGGGAGUGCACCCCGAUUCAAAGAACUAUCAAGAUAAGCCAAAGUUGAUGGGAAGUAUUCGAGGUGAUUUGCCUGAAGAAUUUGACUCGCGCACCAAUUGGCCAAAUUGCCCCACCAUUCAAGAGAUUCGAGACCAAGGCAGUUGUGGUUCAUGUUGGGCUUUUGGAGCAGUUGAAGCCAUGUCUGACAGGGAAUGCAUUCAUAGCGGUGGUAAAUCGCAUUUCCGUUAUUCUGCCGAAGAUCUAGUUUCAUGCUGUCAUACAUGUGGAUUUGGUUGUAACGGAGGUUUUCCUGGAGCUGCUUGGAGCUAUUGGGUACAUAAAGGACUCGUAUCUGGUGGUCCAUAUGGUUCGAAUCAAGGCUGUCAACCGUACGCUAUUGCUCCUUGUGAGCAUCAUGUAAAUGGAACUCGAGGACCUUGUAAUGGCGAUGGAAAAACCCCAAAGUGUCAAAAGACAUGUGAAUCGAACUACAAUGUUCCAUAUCAAAAGGAUAAACACUACGGGAAAAAAUCGUAUUCUCUGGGAAAGAAUUCGGAUGAAAUUCGUCAAGAAAUUUAUGAAAAUGGCCCGGUAGAAGGCGCUUUCACCGUUUACGAAGAUUUGAUAAGUUACAAAUCAGGUGUUUAUCAACAUGUUCAUGGAAAAGCUCUUGGUGGUCAUGCCAUUCGAAUUUUGGGUUGGGGUAAAGAAAAUGAUACACCGUAUUGGUUGAUUGCCAACAGCUGGAAUACAGAUUGGGGAAAUAACGGUUUCUUUAAAAUCCUCCGCGGCUCGGAUCAUUGCGGAAUAGAAUCUGAAAUCGCUGCUGGUCUUCCAGCAAACGCAGAUUAAAAUCAAAAUCCACGACAAUUUAUAAUGAUUUUAUGUUUUAUUUGGUUUCUUCAAUUUUAUAAAUCCACAUUUUUUUUAAAUAAAUGAAAUGAAACAUAAAAAACAAAAGAAA